UCCAUUUCUCCUCAGAUCACAUAGAAAUCCUUUGAAUAUUGUUGUGUUCAUUGUUCACUAUUCAAGUAAGAGACGUAUUGUCAAGAAGAGAGAAAAAAUGGCAGGUAUUAUACAGAAGAUAGAAGAAAAACUAGGGAUGGGAGGUCACAAGGAAGGUGACGAGCAGAAACACCAUGGUGAAGAAAAGCACAAGCCGGAACAUGGAGGAUAUAGCGGGGAUCUCAAGCCGGAACACGGAGGGUAUGGUGGUGAUCACAAGCCGGAAUAUGGAGGGUAUGGUGGUGAUCACAAGCCGGUACAUGGGGGAUAUGGUGGUGAUCACAAGCCGGAAUAUGGAGGGUAUGGUGGUGAUCACAAGCCGGUACAUGGGGAAUAUGGCGAACACAAGGCUGAACAUGGGGAAUAUGGUGAGCACAAGCCGGAUUAUGGCCAUGGUGAGCACAAGGAGGGGCUGAUAGAGAAGAUCAAAGAGAAGAUCCAUGGUGGAGAAGGCGAACAUGGGCUUGGCAAGGAGGAAGAAAAGAAGAAUAAGAAAGACAAGAAGAAGAAGCAUGAGCACGGUCACGAGCACCAUGAUGACAGCAGUAGCAGUGAUAGCGAUUAAACCUUCAAGGUCAUCUUAAAGAUUUUAUAUGUUGUAGUAUCUAGUCUGUCUGUCUGUUUAAUAAUGUGCAUCAAAUAUGCAUCAUAAAAUGUUAUGUUUUUAGAAUCAUUCUACUUAUCGAUCUUGAACUCGAUAUAUGUUUUAGAGAUUGUUUACUCUACGAGUUGCUUUCUGGCGUGUGUGGUGUGGCGUCGAAGGUCUUUCAGCAGCUAGUUGCUACAAAUAAAGAGAAAAAUGAAAAUUUGAAAA